ACACGCGCGCUGGCGUAGGCCUACUAGGUAGUGAAUUACCUUUAUUAUGUAUCGAUAAUUUGAUAUUAGGUGCAGGACCAUAUAAGUUAAUUUCGCCGGGCGUCUCCAUAUGGCCAAAUCGGUAGAAUUGAAACGUGUAAAUUGAUAUGUUGCCUCUUGCCCUUUAAGUGGUUCUGUUGUCCUCCGUUACAGGAAGUGCGAGGGGUGUUCCCGUCGCAAUUCCAGCUGAUCUUAUACGGCAGACGGAAGUGAGUCCUCCUAGUCUAUGUUUUGAUACUGCUUCCUCCGAAAACUAUUGUCAUUUCUGUAGUGUUGCAGUGACAGAGAGAGGAACACGUCUAUAUGAAAUAUCCUGAGGAAUAAAUAUCGAGGGAUUUCUCGCUAUUAUAAAGGGGAUCUCCUGUCCCCAUCCACCACAUCUCGUCGUGGAGUGUUUCUCCCUCCCGGGUGAUUGCUCUGUAGCUGAACUGUCAUGCGAUCAGAGAGGGGAUGGCAUCCGUUCCGAGUUAUUGUAAGACAGUCGGGACAGUGGAGGAGGAAAACGGUGACCUGGACCAGUCUCUGCAGCAAAUGUUGAAAGCUAUUGCCGACGAAAGAAAUCGCCUCAACAUUCGGCAAGAAAUAAGUGGCCUCGGGUGUUUUAAGGACGACCGCAUUGUGUUCUGGACAUGGAUGUUCUCAACGUACUUCAUGGAAAAGUGCGCCCCCAGGCAGGACGACAUGCUGUUCUACGUGCGCAGGAAGCUGUCCUACGUCAGUGCAGACAACACCGAAGGCAAGAAGGUAGAGGUGGAGGUGUACAGGAGGGACUCCAAGAAGCUCCCUGGCCUGGGGGAUCCUGACAUUGACUGGGAGGAGAGUGUCUACCUGAACCUCAUUCUGCAGAAGCUGGACUAUGUGGUCACCUGUGCAGUUUGCACUCGUUCCGAUGCAGGUGAUAUUCACAUCCAUAAAAAGAAAUCUCAGCAAGUCUUUGCCACCCCCAGCAAACACCCCAUGGACAGCAAGGGCGAGGAGUCCAAGAUGAGCUACCCAAACAUCUUUUUCAUGAUUGACAACUUUGAAGAGGUGUUCAGCGACAUGACUGUCGGAGAAGGGGAGAUGGUGUGUGUGGAACUGGUGGCGAGUGACAAGAGCAACACCUUCCAGGGAGUCAUCUUCCAAGGCUCCAUCCGCUACGAGGCCCUGAGGAAGGUCUAUGACAACCGGGUGAGCGUGGCGGCCAAAAUGGCUCAGAAGAUGUCAUUCGGCUUCUACAAGUACAACAACAUGGAGUUUGUGCGGAUGAAGGGUCCGCAGGGCAAAGGUCACGCCGAGAUGGCCGUGAGCCGGGUGCCCACUGGAGACACGUCGCCCUGCGGCACCGAGGAGGAUCAGGACUCCCCGAUGCACGAGCGGCAUCCAUCCACCCCCCUCUCCACCGGACAGAUGACCUCGUUCAGCACACCCCCGACCCCGGAGCGUAACCGGCCGUCCUUCUUCUCCCCCUCGCUGCGCAGGAAGCUCCCUCGCACGCUGGCUGAGAUGAAGAAGUCCCACUCGGCCAACGACAGCGAGGAGUUCUUCAGGGAGGAGGAUGACACAGACUACGGCAACCCCACCAACCUGCGCUCUCGCUCUCUGUCGGGGACCAGUCGCUCCCUGGUGGGCUCUUGGCUGAAGCUCAACCGCACGGAAGAGUACUUCCUCCUCUUCUCCCACCUCACCUAUGUCACACUUCCGAUCCAUCGCAUCACCUCAGAUAUUCUGGAGGUGAGACAAAGACCUAUCCUGAUGACUUAGCGAAAGCCUGACUGCCUAAGACACUCACUACCAAGUGCCUACCUGCAUCAGGCCAACUGACUCAACACUACCAUCUAGUGUCUGGAUGACGUAACAACACCAAAAACUAAAGAGGAGUGAGUAGAUGGACAAAAGAAGAUCACAGAACAAACAAUGAAAAGGAGAAACCUUUGGAGGAAAGG